CCUCGACAAUCUCAAAUCACCUCAUCGACCUUACCGUUAUUCUAACGCCUUUCUUCCAGUUCUAAACACCACCGUUACUACUCUUUUCCAACCCCAUAUCAAUCGCAAUGGAUUUCCAGGGAUCUGCCGGCGCCCCCCAGGCUCGCACCUGCUUCACCUGCGGUGCUGCUGGUCACCAGGCCCGCGAGUGCCCUAACCGUGGCGCCGCCAAGUGUGCUACAACUGCGGCGAGAACGGCCACUUCUCCCGCGAUUGCCCUAAGGAGUCUUCUGGCGGCGAGAAGAUCUGCUACAAGUGCCAGCAGCCCGGACACGUCCAGUCCCAGUGCCCCAACAACUAAGUCUGCGAUGACUAUCGGCGAUGAGUUGUCUGCCUCCGUGGCAGACUCGGUUUCGAAACGGUUCGAAGGCUUCGAGGCCACCGUGGCUCACUUUUGCGAUAUCAACUAGGCAUUGCGGAUGCUUUGUACAUUUCCUUUUUCACCCUCGUCUUUUUUUCGUCUUUUCUUCCUUGCUCUCAUGUUCUCACGGCAAACAACUCUGG